AACUUAACCGGGAACGCUAAUAAAUCGUGUAAAAAAUGUCACCAGCCGAGCUAAAUUCUGAUUGGUCUUUCAAUUAGGCAAGCCGUUUAAAUUUGGGGCAACUUCUACCAGAGACCUCAGUGAACUCGCGUAUAAGCGCAAUUGCACAGACUUUUGUGUGUAUCACCAUGCGAAAAACGAUUAGAGAUGUGAUGUCGUGUAAACAUCCUAUAUUGUAUUUUACGGUGAUUGCAACGAUUAGCUCUGUGUUAACCCCUUGCUAUGGCCAGAUUCCAGACGCAAGCAUUUCAAUGCCAAAUGCCAAAAUUCAUCCGACGAUUGUCCGAUCCGGGAGGCUUGUUGUUGGGAAUAAGUUGGUCCAACUGAGAAGGGUGGGUUUCGAAGUAACCAAUGAUGAAUCAGCCGCUUCUGACCGCAUCAAGACUCAAAACGGAUCUCUUGCAUUUGAGGCUGGUAAUCGGGCUGGACAGCCUGCAUCACAAGAAUGGCACAAGUUGGAUGCUAAACUCCAGCACAUGGGGCCAUCAGUACAGUGUAGCAAUGAAACAAUGACUCUUCGGGUCAAAGGGGGAAGAGCUCCACAUUUUCUGGUCGACGGCGGUGAUGGGUCUCCUGUUCUUCCCCUGUCCCGAAUGCCAACUCACUGUGGCUUCUCUGUGAAGCGGUCACGCAGGGAUGUGUUCUUUGUCGCACCAUACCAAGGCUGCCAUGUCACUCAAGAGGGGGGUAACUAUGUUCUGCCACUCCGUCUGUGGGGGGCUCCCAUGACCAUGUCUUGUCCUGUUGCACCACCCCCCCCUCCCUCUGUCUCCUGCUAUUUAUCUGGCAUGGUGGUGAAGCUUUCCAUGGCAGCGAAUGCUCUUCAAGUCAAAGUGUCUGGUGUGUGGGAGCCACUUCUCGCAAUCACCCAGCAAUGUGGCUUAACUAUUGAGCCAUUCUUUGGAGGGGUGGUGAUCACUGCACCAUACACAGGACCCUGUGUGGCAUUGGAGGAUGAUGAGCGUUUGCUUUUUAUGCUCUCGGUUGCUGGGGAGCUCACCCUCUCCUGUCCUGCAGGCCUCCCUCAAACUGAACCUGUUACGUCUGGAUACCCUCUGUUCCACCAGUGGUCCCAGUACCAUUUCCCUCCGUAUCCCCCCCAACCACCCUCGUCCCCAACAGCAGCCACUACCAUGUCUAAACAAACACAUUCCCCUAAACCUUCUAGCCAGGCCAUGCAUAUGCCACCCUCUACAACCACACCUAAACAAACAAAUCAGGCCCUGCAUAUGCCACCUAAAGGAUACCCUCAGGUCCCACUGAGUUACCAGUUCCCCCAAUACAAUUUCCCAGGGUUUUUCCCUCAACGCUCUGUCCCAAGAGCACCCCCCGGGAUAGCCAGCCAACUGGAUAACCAGAAUAACCCCCAGAAAUAUCAUUACUCAGAUUCCUCCUACCGUCAAAAGUCAGCCACUCCUUCAGUAACUGCUAGCACUAUCCCUGGCACCACACCCCAGGCCCAACCCAAGCAGCCCUUCAUGCAAUAUGACCAGUACCCGAUGGUUCGCAGCUGGAAUCCGUAUGCUUCUGCUCUGUUCCCACCCCAUUAUGGAACGGCGCCGUAUCAUUCUCAAGGGCCUAGGGAGUAA